UUAGUAGCUCAAGUUAUUUUGUCCAUAUACAAACACAACGGGCAACAAGAGGGUAAGAGUACAAAAUAAAAUAUCUAAAUAUCCUCAUAAAUCAACAUCCUCUUCCGUCGGUUACUAGAAGAAAGGAAAGGCCCUAAAUUGACGCAAUAAACUAUCAAAUUAUCUCGUAACGCUUUGAUCUCCACUUCACUUUCUCCCUCUAUUUGCCCUAGACGUCCCUAGAAGAAGCAGAAUUUUUUGAAAAAUGAGAGAGAUUAUUAGCAUACACAUUGGUCAAGCAGGAAUUCAAGUUGGAAAUUCUUGCUGGGAACUUUAUUGUCUUGAACAUGGCAUUCAACCUGAUGGUUUGAUGCCUAGUGACAGCACAAUCGGUGUUGGGCAUGACGCUUUUAACACCUUCUUUAGCGAAACUAGUGCUGGAAAGCAUGUUCCCCGCGCUGUAUUUGUCGAUCUAGAACCUACUGUCAUUGAUGAGGUUCGUUCCGGAACCUAUCGCCAGCUGUUUCAUCCUGAACAGCUUAUUUCUGGAAAGGAGGAUGCUGCUAAUAACUUUGCUAGGGGACAUUAUACUGUUGGAAAGGAAAUCGUAGAUAUAUGUCUUGACCGAGUCAGGAAACUAGCUGACAACUGCACUGGUUUACAAGGGUUCUUGGUCUUCAAUGCUGUGGGUGGUGGUACUGGUUCUGGCUUGGGUUCCUUGUUGUUGGAACGCUUGUCUGUCGACUAUGGAAAGAAGUCUAAGCUUGGAUUUACCAUUUAUCCUUCACCUCAGGUAUCCACAGCAGUUGUUGAACCUUACAACAGUGUUCUGUCCACCCAUUCCCUGCUUGAACACACUGAUGUUGCCGUGCUUUUGGAUAAUGAAGCUAUCUAUGAUAUCUGUCGCAAAUCAUUGGACAUUGAGAGGCCAACCUAUACCAACUUGAAUCGUUUAAUAUCUCAGAUAAUAUCAUCAUUGACAACUUCCUUGAGGUUUGACGGAGCCAUAAAUGUGGACAUUACUGAGUUCCAAACGAACUUGGUACCCUAUCCACGGAUUCACUUCAUGCUUUCUUCUUAUGCCCCUGUUAUCUCUGCUGAGAAAGCAUAUCAUGAGCAGCUUUCCGUCCCUGAGAUUACCAAUGCCGUUUUUGAGCCCUCUAGCAUGAUGGCAAAGUGUGACCCAAGGCAUGGAAAAUACAUGGCUUGCUGUCUUAUGUAUAGGGGAGAUGUUGUGCCCAAGGAUGUUAAUGCUGCUGUUGCUACCAUCAAAACCAAAAGGACCGUGCAGUUUGUUGACUGGUGUCCAACCGGAUUUAAAUGCGGUAUCAACUAUCAACCACCAACAGUUGUUCCAGGGGGUGAUCUUGCCAAGGUGCAACGAGCUGUGUGCAUGAUAAGCAACAACACUGCCGUGGCAGAAGUUUUCUCGCGAAUUGACCACAAAUUUGAUCUCAUGUACGCCAAGAGGGCAUUUGUUCACUGGUACGUUGGUGAAGGAAUGGAAGAGGGAGAAUUCUCUGAAGCUCGUGAAGAUCUUGCUGCCCUUGAGAAAGAUUACGAAGAAGUAGGAGCAGAAGGGGUUGACGAUGAGGAAGAUGAGGAUGAAUACUGAUGUGCAUUCUCUAUAUCUCAUGGUGAUAGUGAUGUGUUCACUAUCUCUUGUCAAAUUUUAAUUCUGGAAAGUGUUAUCUUCUUCUGUUGGUGUAAUGAAAUUGUAGAAUAUUGCCUUUUGUAAUGACUAAUGAGUAAAGUACAUGGUUAUGUUUGUUGAUUGGAAUGAUUUUGAAUGGAAUGUAGCAUUGUGUCAAUGAAUUCAUUGUUCACUUUUCCC